AUGACAUAUUCGCUCGGUGUUGCUUCUCCAUAUGCUAUUGGCAUUGGUGACUUCAACAACGACAAUAGAAUGGAUGUUGUUGUAAGCAAUAAUGGUACUCACAAUGUAGCUCUACUUGUCGGCUAUGGCAACGGUACUUUUGCAAGCGCAAAAAUGUAUUCAACUGGAUCUUCUUCAUCAAUCUCCAUUGCCAUAGGUGAUUUAAACAAAGAUAAUCGUUUAGACAUUGUCGCCAUUAACAAUGAUACAGGGACGAUAGGUAUCAUGCUUGGUUAUGAUGAAUUUUUUCCUAUUCAAAUGACAUAUGCAACUGGCACUUUACCGUACUCAGUAGCUGUUGGUGAUUUUAACCAUGACACCCGAUUAGAUAUUGUAGUUGCUAAUAGGGAGAGCAACACUGUAAGUAUCCUUCUCGGAUAUGGCAAUGGCUCUUUUGCAAAUCAAACGACAUAUUCAACUGACUCUUGGCCACUCUCUGUUGCUGUUGGUGAUUUUAAUAACGACAUCAAUCUGGAUAUAGUCGUUCCUAAUUAUCGUGACAACAAUGUAAGUGUUUUUCUCGGAUAUGAAAAUGGCUCUUUUGCAAAUCAAACGACAUAUUCAACUGGCUCUGGCCCAGUAGCUGUAGCUGUUGGUGACUUUAACAGCGACAUUCAUCUGGAUAUCGUCGUCGCUAAUGUUGGUGACAAUACUGUCGGUGUACUUCUCGGAUACGGUGAUGGCUCUUUUGCAAAUCAAACGACAUAUUCAACUGGCUCUUGGCCAUUCUCUGUAGCUGUUGGUGAUUUUAACAACGACACCAAUCUGGAUAGCGUCAUCGCUAAUUUUGAUGACAACACUGUAAGUGUCCUUCUCGGAUAUGGAAAUGGCUCUUUCGCGAAUCAAACGAAAUAUUCAACUGGCUCUGUCCCAAUAGCUCUAGCUGUUGGUGAUUUUAAUAAUGACAACCAACUGGAUAUCGUCGUUGUUAAUCGGGAUGACAAUACCGUAAGUGUCCUUCUUGGAUAUGGAAAUGGCUCUUUUGCAAAUCAAACGACAUAUUCAACUGGCUCUUACCCACACUCUGUAACUGUUGGUGAUUUUAACAACGACACCAAACUGGAUAUCGUCGCUGCUAAUUUUGGUGGCAACACUGUAAGCAUCCUUCUUGGAUAUGGCAAUGGCUCUUUUGCAAAUCAAACGACAUAUUCAACUGGCUCUGAUCCACAAGCUGUAGCUGUUGGUGACUUUAAUAACGACACUCGAUCGGAUCUUGU